AUGUCCGAGGGUAUUGCGCUCAAUUCUUCACCGGUAAACGCCAUGGAACAAUCCGAGAACAAAUAUCCUCGGGAACAGUCAUUGGAAGCCAACGAAGGGGUUGAACAUGAGUUGUGGUCUAACCAAUGUGAUUUCUUCUUAUCCAUCCUGGGAUAUGCUAUUGAUCUGGCCAACGUUUGGAGAUUUCCUUAUAUUUGUUUCACCAACGGCGGAGGUGCGUGUGCUUUCCUCAUCCCCUACUUUAUUCUGAUGGUCUGCACUGCAUUACCGGCGUUCUAUCUGGAACUCAUACUCGGCCAGAGACAUCGCCAUGGAGCGAUUGCCCUGUGGGAUAUUUGUCCUGUGUUCCGAGAUCUGACAGCUAUUUUGUUCAUCAACAUAAAUGACCUUCAGGUAGUAUACGUCACUGCACUGUGCCCCUAUUUACUACUGGCCGUACUCCUGAUCAACGGAGCCAUGCUGAAAGGAGCAAGAGAAGGAAUCUGGUAUUUCGUUCGUCCACAGUUCCACAGACUUGGUGAGCUCAAAGUGAGACCUGGUCUUGUGUUUCAAAUAUACCCAUUUGCAAUCGGGACCUUGCCAGUGGCUCCAUUUUGGGCUUUCACGUUCUUUCUCCUGCUCAUCAUGCUGGGAAUCGAUAGUGGAGCAACCCUUGGGGAUUGCACUGACGAUAAACCCGGUGCACUAAAUUUCGUCCAGAAGGCAAAAUGGCAAGCGUGGUCUGCCCUCAAGUCUAUGUCGAAGCGAGCGGACGCAUCCUUGCUUGACUGGAUACCUGUUGAUAGUCGCCUCUGUGCGGUUCGUCUGGCAACGUCUGUGAAGGAGUCUCACAAGCGGGAAGUUGAUAGAUGUCUGUCUAUCAUGCCUGCCUACGCCCCAACCGACUCUAGCUCCGACGCCAUCAGAGGCAGUUUUUACGACGUCCUGAAUACCCUACUGCGGCGAGCUAAAAGCUCAGACGUGGUGGUUGCCGGAGAUUCAAAUUCACAAGCUCUCUCGAGCACUGGAUAUCAGACCGAACGGUCGCACUGCUUAAAUCUCGGAAAGUUAUCCCAGCCGGAACAUAACCUGAUGCGACGAAUUAUCAGACGUCAAGUGAAGAGGAUCGUGCAAGCCGACCGUGAAUUGCGGUGGACACAGAAAGCCAAGGAAACGGAAGAGGCCCAGAAAGCCGGUAAUAUCCGAAGCUUAUUCCAGUUGGCACGUGCGACCGGGCCAUGGAAACACACCUCUCCCUCUUCCUCUAUCUUCCACUUUUCUGUUUCUUCGAUCUUACAGGAAGAAGCCGCGUCCAAGUAUAUUUCCAUAAUCUCGGAGCUGGUGGACAAAGAGAAACCAAACGUGGAGCCCACUACCACCCAUCAGGCGCAAGCUCCUGGGCUUGAGAGUACGGUCAGCGAAAACGGAAUUCUACAAAUCUGUCUCAAUCGACCGGAGAAGAAGAAUGCAAUUACUAGAGAGAUGUAUGAACGCUGGACGGAAUUACUGAAUGACGCGGCAGUCAACCCGGACAUCAAAGUCGUUGCUGUUACUGGUAAAGGAGACUACUUUUCCAGUGGAAACGACUUGCGAGCGACUGUCAAACCGAUCCAGGAAGGACAUUCUGUGGUAGAGGUUGCUAGGGCGGGUCGGGAUCUUUUGAACCGCUUUGUGAACGCAUACAUCAAUUUUCCAAAACCGCUUGUUGGCCUCGUGAAUGGACCUGCCAUUGGAAUUUCAGUUUCAACCCUCGGUCUCUAUGACUACGUUCUUGCUUCUGACAACGCCACCUUCCAAACACCUUUUGUUUCCACCGGACAAACACCUGAGGGAUGUUCAUCCUACACUUUUCCUCGCUUGAUGGGACCCAUGAUAGCCAACGAUAUGCUGCUAUUCGGUCGAAAAUUGAGCGCAACCGAAGCCUGUUCUUACGGAUUGGUAACUCGUGUCGUACCACAAUCGAGGUUUUCUGAAGAAUGUAGCAAAUUCCUCAACAGCGUUGUUGAAAUGCCAGCCCAGACACUGCUUCUGUCAAAGGAGGCAAUCCGCAUUCGGGAUCGUGAAACGCUGGUGAGCGUCAACGCGUUAGAAUGUGACCGAUUAAUGGAACGGUGGACGUCACCUGAAUUUAUCCAGGCUGUGACCGCAUUCCUUCAACGGAAGAAGUAGUAUCUGGUUGCUACCUCAUCAACGUUUAUUUUUGUUUGGUACGUGAAUUCCUCAGUCUUUCACCGAAGCCAUUUCAGGCUUUAUUAUAAGUUUUUCCGCGUAAUAACAAUAAUCCCAUUUAGUAAUUGAAGCUGACGUUUUCUUCUCCUAACUGUCCUCUUUGAGGCCAAACCGCUUUGCACCGUUUAAUCACUCUGUUGUUUUACUGAUUCGAUGCCCAGUGAUUUCAUCGCUUUUUGUAUCGGUUUUCUGUGAGUCACUGAUUUACUAUCCCGACUUCCUAUGCCUGAAAAGUGUUUUCACAACAGACGUAACACUACGAUGCGGUGCGGUCAGUUAACCGGAGAAAUGAUCACGUGACCAAAUGCACCCUUUGUUGCCC